AUGCAUGCAUUGCAGGCAAGGAUACAUACCCAGCUUGUCCCCAUCCAAGUGUUGUCUGUGUUGUCAUUGUUAACAGUCCAGCAAGGCUAUGCAAAGGUCAAGGACGGCAAGCUUCCACCUCUCGCCAGCAUCGUCUGCAACGCCUACUACUGGAAUCUUGCUGGUAGUGAGGUCGAGCGCACGCCCGACGGCUACGAGAAGGCCUUCCAGGUGAACCACAUCGCGCACGCGGCGCUUGUCCUGCGCUUGCUGGGCAGUUUCUGCUCAGAGGGCAACGCCCGCGUGGUGCUCUUCAGCAGCGACGCGCACUGGCCUGGCAAGAACAGUCUCGAGAAAUACCCCCCAUCCAUCCCAGAGGAUCUGGAGCUGCCGAUGAAGCCGCCUCCGGACCAGACCUCGGAUAACGUCCUCGGAAGGGGCUUUCAGCGAUAUGCGGUCUCGAAGCUGGCGGUUGUGAUGUGGAUGUGUGCGUUGAAUCGGUACUUAGAAAGAGAUCCUAACCUUUACAACAUCACCGCCAUAGCCAUCAACCCAGGCAACCUGUCCGACUCGCGCGCGCUACGAGUCAACACGCCGCCACUGCUGACCUUACUGUCCAAGUUCGUCAUCAAGCCGCUGCAGCCGCUUCUCCGGCUGGUGGCAGACCCGACGAUGCGCACCGCCGCCGAGGCCGGGGUCGAUGUGAUCGACCUGGCGACGAAUGCGGCGCAUCCGGGUGAGAGGGGGUACUUUACCCUUCUCGAGAGGGACACCAGUUCGCCGGAGAGCCUGGACGAGGAGACGCAGCAGCGGCUGUGGACGAAGACGCUGGAGUGGGCGAGGAUCACGAGGGAGAAUACAGCCCUGGCUAUUGAUGCAUGA